CACGGAUCAUGGAUCACAGGUGACCAAUAUCCGGCUCAUCUUCUCUUGGGCUUUACUGUACGCAUAAAGCCUUGUAAAAUCAAAUCCAAGUCCGACCAGUACGAGGAUACCGCAACAAAUGUCAAGGCCCUUAAGAAUUGGAGAUUUCUUCGCCCCCGGCUUUUCCUUCCCUCCGCCCCUUUCUCCUCCGGCGGCGUCAUCAUCUUCGGUCUGCCAUGGCGACGGGGAACUGUGAUUCGGCUUCCGAUCCACGGCUCUGCGUUUCCAAGAAACGACCGGGAAUCCGUUCAACAGUAGUAAACUCCAUCAGCAAACUCGGGGAGGAUCUCCUCGAAGAAAUUCUGAUUCGCAGCUUUCUGAACCCUAGAUUCGCCUGCCGGAGCAAACUGGUCUGCAAGCGAUGGAACUCCCUGAUCUCCAGUCCCUCCUUCAAUCGCCGUUUUGUCUGUCGCCAGCAGAGCAUCACCGAACUGCAACCACCUCUAGUACUUGCCUCAGAAGACCAGCAAUCGAUCAUCCGUGGGUUUGUCCCUAUGCCUAGUGUAGAUCAUGAACUGCGUUUCGCAGUUCUGGAUUCCUUCCAGGACUUGCUUCUAUGUGGAUUUCAGAUGCCAGAAGACCUUGAUGACGAAUUCGGCAGGUCGUACUUCGUCUGCAAUCCGUUUACGAAGCAAUGGAUCGCCCUUCCUCUGGCGCCUUGCCGGCCAACGAGGUGUUCGGGAUUGGUCGCAAGGUUAGUUUGUGAACCCCGAAGUUUAUAUAAUCUUGAUCUAGGAGAUGGCCGAGCAGGAUCUGUUGUUUAUUCUGAGUAUCGAUUCCGGGUUGUGUGUUUAUAUCGACAUAUGAACAAGUCUAACUCUUGUACAAAACUAGACGUGUUUUGUUCCGAGUCAGGAGAAUGGAACAAGGAUCCUGUUGUUGUCAAUACCCAUUUUUUCUGCGACAGAAAGAAUGUAGUUUCCUGUAAUGGAGAGUUAUUUUGGGUGGAUAUUGCUAUACGAGGUGAUAUUGGGCGUCAUUUUAUGAUUGCCGUGUUUAAUCCUUUCUGCCCAGAUAUACCUCCGUCUUGUAUAGAUGCUCCUCAACUCCUGAAACCGUGGUGGGAUAUUUCGGUAUCACAGGGUGCUUUGCACGUAUCUGCGUUCAACAGCGAACCCGAAGAUGGUGAUUCAAGAAUUGCCUCAAGUGUUUGGAGAUUGGACGAUGACCAUAAAUCUUUUAGCCUAGUAUGUGAAGGUGUGUUAAAGACAGCCCGUCCAAGAUCUAACCCUAGUGUUCAACUCGAUGAUUUCUUCCUAGAGUUAGAAAGGAGUAUGAGUGCCUCACUGAGGAACAUUGUCCUUCCUUAUCUGCAUCCAGAGAAGCCGGAAAUUGUCUUCUUCCAUUAUCUUGAUGUGAAGGGAGCUAUCUUGUCCUGUGAUUUGAGAAGGGGAGACCUAGAGUUCCACUCUGAACUUAGAGUACUACUUUCACCCCGUUGGGCAUUAUUCCAUCCUACCAUUUUUUGUUGGCCUAUUCCAAUUCCACGGUACGAAGAAUUGCGGGUUAUCUAUGAUGGAAGCUAUAGCUGUUGGGUUCAGAGCAGCAAACCAACAACUCCCACAAUAACUGGACCAACAACUCCUGCAAUAGCUGAAGAACGUCAACCAAUUCACUGAUGCAUCACAAUUCACAAGGCUCGUCUGCUACAAGGAAUUUAUGUAUCAAUUAAAGGGCAAAGGGUGAAGCUCUCCACUGGUGUGAUAGGUGUUCAUGCACACCAGCCUAUUUAAAGUAGUUGAAUUCCUAAGUUAUCGGAUUGGUUGAAACAAUAAUCUGGGUGGAUUCUCGGAUUGAAAGUGCAGCUCCCACUCCCAGCCUCCAUGUGUCCCUUCCCUUCUGAAGCAGACGCUUUUCAGAUGAGAUCUCUAGUUAUUUAAUAGUAAUGAUCUGUCGUUUCCUGCUUUUACCUCUGUAAAAGUAUGUAUUGUUUACGCUCAAUCUUUAAUUUAAGUAUGAAUAGCAAUGGUUUGCACACUAUGUUUAUGUCUUGUACAUCUCAUAUGUCGAUGCAGGUUACUUUAUGUUUUUUGUAAUGGUAUUGGUUGUUGAGUAUUGAUUUUCAUGUACUAGUUAUAGAUUGUUCAUACUGGUAUUGGUUGUCGUUUAUUGGUAUUAAUUUCUUGUACGUAUAUUGGUUGUCAUGUUAUGGUAAUACUGAUUUUCCUGUUUUCCUUUUUCUAAUGGUAUUGGUUGUCAAUCACCCUUGGUGAUCCUGAGCCAGUUCCCAUGGUGGUGGAACUGGCUCGAGUGCCAGCUCCCCGCCUCAUCAUCAAACAACAAACAAGAAAGCCAGCCAACAAAG